UUCUCGUCAAAGGAAAAUUUGUUAUGAAAGAGAUUUUUGUGUUUGUGAGAAGUCACAUGGAGAAGAAACACUCUUCACGUGAGCAAUACAAGACACGUGAGAAAGAAGAGGUGUUCUGAGUGAUAUGGUGUUUAGCUGCUAUUUCGUGUUUGUUAUUAGGUUGAUUGGAUUUGUUUAUAAAUCCAGAUUCGACGGUCUUUUGCCAACAGAUCGGAGAAUUGUAGGCCGAUUAAGGCGAUUCAGGAGUUGAAACCUAUGUUUUCGAUGUUCUGGACGUAUUAGCAGAAGAGGAAGAAGAUUGAGCAGAUUCUAUCAUUUUGAGCUAGUCUUGAUGAUUACACGUUUAUCGGAUGUCUAAAAGAUUGAUGGAGGGUGUUGUGGUUUGUAUGAGGUAUGGUUAUAUUUAUUUCAUGGUUGAUGGAUGGUGUUUACUUCUUAACAUGUUGUAACACUUGACAUCGAUCAUCAGGGGUUUCUAGAGUUGGUCAUGAUAUCUGGAUCGAGGUAGAGCGAAGUGCUCUAAACUAUUCAAAAGUUUUGACCAAGGUGGAGUACGGUGUGAUCACGAUAGUUCAUGUGUGACAAGUUGAGUGGUCAAAGGUGUUUAGUUGGAAGACAAUGAUGAUUGUACUUGUUUGUUUCCAGAAGGUGAGCAUGGUGGAUGUGUGGUAUUUGUCUAGGAAGUAGAUUGCGAGAUUACUGGAGUAUCUCCUGCUUUGUGAAGCUCGGAGACCGGUUCAUCUAUAUCUGGCAUAUGGUGGCGUGAGUGGCCUGUAAUUUCCUGUGGAAUGUGGAGCUAUAUUCACAUAGGUGCAGUUCAAAUACAAGCUAAGGUGAUGAUCUUUUAUGUGUCUCAUAUCUUUUUUAGUAUCCAGUUGGCUUUUGACCCUGAUGGGCCUUUAGGUCAAGUUAGUUCUAGGGUUUAUUGUCAUGCACUAUAUAUAUAAGUCUCUCGUAUGAGAUGAUUCAGAGAUGUGAUUAGGGCUUUGGAGAGGAUAUGAGAUGUGGGCAACAUAUAUGAUAUGCGAGGUUGAGAGAUUGAGAGAGAUGAAGGAUUACUCCUAUAAUAUUCUCUCUCAUCCAUAGUGAAUUUCUCAUAUUGUGCCCCAGGGAUAUAGGUCGAACAUAUUGUGCCCCAGGGAUAUAGGUUGAACUUAGUUGACCGAACUACGUAAAUCUCAGAGUUUUUAUUGCUUCCUAUUGUUAGUAUCUUGUGAAUUUAAGGUUUGAUCUCUGGGUUGCGGAGAUCAGGAUCGGGGACAAUCAAUCCACUUCUACCACUUCUUCAAAGUUCUAUACACGUCAGAUCAUUGGAUGGUGAGAGAAAUGGGAAAGAGAGGGUUUGUGGGUGGGUGAGAAUGUGUAAGGUGUGAGGGCAGAUUGAUGUGUGUGAGAUAGAGAGAGAGGAAGGUUGGUUUUUUAAGGGGGUGUUAUUUUUUGAGACAGGACCCUUGAAGUGUGAUAAGGUCAAAGGUUAGUCACGCAGAGGGUGUUUGUGCUAGCAGAGGGUGUUUGUGCUAGUAAAAUAGUUUAUAGAUAAUAAGUGGCUAACCCAACCCUAGGUAAUAUGAGGGUGUAUCUACAAGUAACUGUUGUUUUUAUAUGGAUUUCCAUAGGUUUAUUUGGGUUUGCGACGCACCACCGUACAAUUUCCAAAUCUGUCAAUAUGUAAUUACUUUACAUAGUAAGUUUCAAAAUAGAGAUGUCUAUUCUAGAUCCAGAUAAAUUUUUUUAUUUUUUUGUUGGGUGUAAAUUUUAUAAAAAUUUCAAGGCUUGAAGAUAUCAUUCUAUUGCUUUUUUGUUGUUCUUAUCUAGAGAAUUUGGUAAUUUUUUUCUGUCCUUGUCCCAGUGAUGUGGAAAUUAAACCCAUUCACCACACCAAGAGAGCCAACCACUUUAGAAGGCCGUUAUGUCACUGUUGGCAAUAAAAAAACAUAUGUCCGCAAUGCAAUAGCAGAAGGAGGAUUUUCAUGUGUCUAUCUUGCACAUGAUGCUGUUGAUACAUCAAAGCAAUAUGCUUUGAAGCACAUAGUUUGCAAUGAUGGGGAGUCAUUGGAAAGUGUAGUGAAAGAGGUAUCUGUGAUGAAAAUGCUUAAAGACCAUCCAAAUGUUGUCGCUCUUGUUGCCCAUACCAUACUGGACAUGGGUCGAACAAAGGAAGCACUACUUUUGUUGGAGUUUUGUGACCAGACUUUGGUUACCAUGUUAGAAAAAAGAGGUGCGGCAUACUUUGAAGAGAAACAAAUUCUAUCAAUUUUCAGGGAUAUAUGCAAUGCGGUGUUUGCCAUGCAUCGCCAGUCACCACCCAUUGCUCACAGAGAUCUGAAGGCUGAAAAUGUCUUGCUCGGUUCUGAUGGAGCUUGGAAAGUGUGUGAUUUUGGUAGCACUUCAACCAAUCAUAGAUGCUUUGACAGGCCUGAGGAAAGGGGUGUUGAGGAAGACAACAUCAGGAAGCAUACUACCCCAGCAUAUCGAGCUCCGGAGAUGUGGGACCUCUACAGGAAAGAAGUUAUUAGUGAGAAAGUAGACAUCUGGGCCCUCGGGUGUCUUCUGUUUCGAAUUUGUUAUCUAAAAUCGGCAUUUGAUGGGGAGUCAAAGCUUCAGAUCCUUAAUGGAAACUUCCAUAUCCCAGAAAUACCAAACUACAGUCCAUCCAUAAAACAGCUUAUUAAGGAUAUGCUCCACGACUCUCCUGAUGGCAGACCAGACAUCAUGCAGGUGUGGUUUCGUGUAAAUGAGCAAUUGCCUUCAGACUUGCGGAAGCGCUUACCUGACGGUCCUGCAACAGAUUUUCGUCCUUAUACUGCAAAAUUACAUGCUGAAGGAGUUGCAAAGAAGACUAUGAUGAAUCAAAAAACCAAUCCACCGAAGCAAAACACAGCCCCUCAAUCCCAAGGCAGGAAGGCAGGAGGGAUUGGUGGGAAUCCUACGCUUGCAGUUCGGACUAGUCAUCAUGCAAAGGAUAAAGAUGCUGCAAUCCUCACUAACAAAGCAAACACCCAAAUAGGUUCUUAUAAGAUACCUAACAGUAAUCCCAGUGGAGUCAUGACCAAAGCAAUCCCUCAGAACGAGUCCUGUAAUACCUUCGUGGCUGAUUUUGACCACGUCAAAGUAAUUGUUAAUAAGAAUGCUAACACUAGCACAUCAGCAAUGGGGCAGGAUGCAGAAGUAAACAACCUGAAGGAACAACUGAAGGAAGCUAAUCUUGAGAAGGUCGAGAUUACAUUGAAGUAUGAAAAGGUUUGUGCUAUUUGCCGUUCCCAGAGACAGGAGAUCCAGGAGUUGAAGCAGGCUCUUGCAGCAGGAACCCCAUCACCUCAAUCAACCAAGAACAGGUCAAAUACCCAGAUUUCUCCAAGUAAUUUGGACCUUGUGCCUCUGCAGCGGGAGAAAAUGGAUCGAGGCAUUUGGGAGCUUGAGCAAGCUAUGUUCACCAAUGCUCAUGCAUCCCCGAGCCCAUGUCCUCAGCAAUGGGAAGCUUUUACUGAGGAACCAGAAGCUCAGCCUUCAUCACACAGUAAUCAAUGGUCAACUAAAGCCCAGCAAAAUAUUAUAAAGCAAUCAGCUUCAACUCCCAAUAUCUCUGGAGCCUUUGGUCUGGAUCGUGAUCUUUCAUUUCCUUCACCUAGCUCUAACAUGUCAAAGACAACCAAUCAAGGGAAUAAUUCUCAGUUGUUUGGGAGCUCAGACGCGACUAAAACAGGGACUGACACGCCACUAGGAUGGGCUAAUUUUUAAGUUUGAAACAAUGACAUGAGUACAAAAUACAUUAUUCAUUGCCUUCUUAUUUUUUUCUAUUUGUUUUGAUUCUUUUGUAAUGCAAAUGUGAAUAGUUAUUGGUCUCCUUUUAAUGCUACAAGGAAUAAUGUAAAAGAUCUGUUAUGAAUUACUUCAUUCAGCAGUGGUCAGAGGGUAGUAUUUGUUUGGGUUCUCUUAUUCGGAACAUAUUUUCGAGUGAUGUAAUGAAUCAUAUGCCCCCUCGAGAAUAUUUGUUAUUAUCA